AUGAAAAAAAACAAUUAAUCAACUAUCACAGAUAUUUAUUAUGACAAGUUAUUACGAUAAGAAAUUCUAUUUUGCAGAAACCAAUAGACUAUUUAGGAAUGCAUACAAUUACUUUUGAAGGAUCCUACCAUUCGAUUAGAGUAAGAAAAUGAAAAACUAGAAUAAUUCUUACGAGGCCAUGAAUUCUUUAGACUAUCUGAUAAUCAAUUCUUAAAAGAUUGUUGCUAAGUAACCAUCAUUUCUUAAAUAGUUAAUGAGAUUUGAAUAGUUUCAAAAAAAUUAAGUAAUCUUUUAAAAGAACGAUUUUGAUAAAAACAAAGUUAUUAUCAUUCUAACAGGAGAUGUGGUUUUCAAUAAAGGUAACCAAGAAAUGAUUCAUCUCUAACACUUUGGAUCUAAUCUUCUAAUUUUAGGAAGUGAAUACUAUGCUGAAAUGUAUACAUACAUGAUUUUAGACCAGAUUGGUAUGUCAUCUCUAAAACACCAUGUAAAGUGGCUGCUAUUUCCAGACAUGAUUUCAGAGUUAAUCUUUUGACCUCAGAACUUAGUCGAG